AUGGGCAAAAACGGCCGAGCGAAGUGGGGACAGGGCUACGACGACUACUCGGCCUACUCACAGCCCUCGCGAUCUUCAGAGAAGAAGUGGCAACUCUGGGAGGGGGCAUGGAGUCCGCAGUGGAGAGGGCAACAAGGCAAGUGGGAGGAUCCCAAACCGGCCGCCUUUCCUGCCUACGACGACAAGUCAAGAGCCAUCCAGCUCAAGGACCAAGGACAACCACGUGGUGGACAGUCAAGUACCACGGCACAGACGAAGGCAGACGACCCGGGAGCUGCUGUGACACAGGGCCUCCAGGACUGCAUCAAUGUCACCAGAAAGGCCGAACAACGGGUUCGCAGCCUCACGGCUACGCGACAGCAGAAGCAGAAACUCUGGACGGCCUAUGUGGAAGAUAUGAAGAAGACCUGGCUACGGGAGUGUGCUCGCCACCAGAAAGACAUGGACCGCCUCACCAACGACCUGAAUGCCGCCUUGGAGGCACAGGAGCAAGCGCGGGCCAACUGCAGAGCAGUUGUCCUACGCGAGGAACAUGGUCCUACACAGGCUGCGGAGCAGGAGACAGAGGAGGACCAAGCUUGGGAUGCGAUGAUCGAGGAGUGGAAAGCCGAGCAAGCCGAAAGGGAUACCGCUGGGGCGGUCCUGCAACGAGCUCUUGGCCAUGGACCCUCUACCACCUCGGCACCCAUAUCGGCUCCUCUGACACAUCAGGAGGAACCUUUCUCCACGCCGCCGCGGCGUCUUGGCAGCCUACCUCCGACUACGCCACCAGCACCCACUAUGCCUGCAUCUUCCCGACUGAGUGCGCAGAGCAGUCAUGCCACGGCGGACCCCUAUCAGAUGUCCCCGAGCAUGCAACAGCUAAGGGAUCUCUUCAUGCAAGCUGCAAGAGGUGCUCCAGUGGUCUUGCCACCGGAAAUGUUGGAGGCCCAUCAGGCCUCACCCAGGCAAAGGCCCAAACAUCAGGAAGUCCGCCAACCGAUCAAGAAACUCCCGACCGCGGUGCCUCACAGUACCUCACCUUCGGGAGGAUUGAGCACCAAGCUUGCACAGAAGAGGGAACAAUAUCUGGCAAUGGACAGCUCGGGGGAGAGACAUGGUCGCAUACCUGGACCGCCUGCCGAACCACCACCCGCAGCCCCUCCCGAUAUGACACCUACAGGAAGCAGGCCCAUCCAGAUCAACGACGACGACAAUUCAGACGAAGACAUGCCGACACCAGGGACAGCAUCAACAGGUGUCGUCCCGAGGAGCUGA